AUUUGCAUAUCGGAUCAUGUAAAAUGCCAACUCUAAAGUGCCAAUGAUUGCAGAAAAUAGUCAGCCAGAGUCGUUAUCAAUCGGUAGUUUAUGUUGCUGUGUUUGUCUUGUUCUUUCUAAACCUGACCACACUGCGUCUGGUGUGGAGAGAGGAAUAGCAUACCGUAGAAAGUAGAAUAGAUAUGCAGUAGCAACAACAAGCCUUGGCUCGUGUGAGAUGAUGGAAUUUUUAUUUUCUUUGAAUCAAAUCUAACCAAAAGCUUCAAUUGCUACCUGCAGAAGCAGACAAAAAUGUUGUUUAUAGAAUAGCACACCAGACUUCGUUGGUUUGCAGCCUCUGGUUUUACCCACACCCUUUCUGUUCGGAUAUAUAACACAUCAGAGAAAAUGGCGGAACUUGAGAAGGAAGGACUGAACCAAACAAUGCAGGAGAACCAAGAUGAAGAUGAGCCCCAUUAUACUGAUGACGCUAAGACAAGCAAGAUGCAAGACGACGCAAGUUUCGAGGAAAAGCUAAUUGAAGAGGUCAGAAGGUACAACAAUUUGUACAACACCUCAUUGAAAGACUAUAAAGACUUCACAAUAACCAGCAACAGCUGGAAGGAGAUAGCCCAAACUCUGAGAGUAGAAGAACAGAUUUGCAGGACGAAAUGGAAGAAAUUGAGAGACCGAUAUGUCAGACUGAGGAGGAAAAUUAAGGGGAAGAGUGGGGAUGCCGCAUCAGGAAUACAACCACAAAUACUCACCACACUGUCCUGGCUGUCUGGCUUCAUUAAACACAAGGAGACGAAGUCAGACUAUCCACAGGCAGAGGAGAUGGACACCUCAGAAGACCUGCAAGAUGACAACCUGAUCGAGCGGGAACACUUCCACAGUUCUAAUAAUGAACAGCAAGAUGGACAUUUGGCAGUUAGGAGGAAUGUAAUAUUAGAACGAACUAAAUUCAAUCAAAGACAACAAGAAGCAGGAGAGACAGCUGAUGAUUUUAUCACUGCACUUCAUUGUUUGUCAGAACAUUGUGGUUAUGGAGCUCUGCUCAGUGAGAUGAUAAGAGACAGACUAGUCGCAGGCUUACUUGACAGAACACUGUCCAAGCAAUUACAAUUAGACCCAGAACUAACACUGGAUAAAGCUGUCACACGCAUUCGUCAAAAUGAAAUUGUGGAAAAGCAACAGUACCUGCAGGAGAAUAACUUCAGAACUGCCAGCAGAAGAGAAAAUGAAGGCUGUGUGCUUUCAUAUAGAAAGCAUCAAUGCCCAGCCAAUGUCCAGUGCCAAUCAGAGAAGAAGAAUCAAAACUCAGAAAGACUACAACAACUCCAAACAACACAGGAGAAGGAAGAGGAGCCCCUAGAUACUGAUGACACUAAUGGCUUCAGUCCUGGAGGAGAAAAGCCUCACUACUGCGCCUACUGCAGUAGGAGCUUUCAAAAACUGAGGGAUCUUAUAAGACACCGACAAACACAUACUGGAGAGAAGCCUCACCACUGCUCUGAUUGUGACAGAAGGUUUGCUCGAUUAGAUAAGCUUAAAUUACACCAGCAAACACAUACUGGAGAGAAGCCUCACCACUGCCCUGAUUGCGGCAGAAGUUUUGCUCGAUUAGAUAAGCUAAAGAUCCACAAAGAAAUACACAUAGGAGUGAAGUCUCACCACUGCCCUGAUUGCAACAGAGGUUUUGCUCGUUUCGAUAAGCUUACGUCACACCAAAAAAAACAUGCAAAAGAGAAACAGAUUUGUCACUCUUCUGACUGUGUAAAAAGUUUUGUUCUAUUGGAGAAGCUUGAAAAACACCAGCUGGAGAAUACCUUCAAAGCUACCAGCAGUGCAUCAAAUGUAGACUGGGUGCUCACACAGCAGAAAACAUUAAGCAAAGUCAGAGGGAGUAAAAGGCAGCAGAGUAAAGUACGAGCUAGAGCUCCAGGAAAGAGAACACUAACACAUAGCAAAACAGUACAGGAGAAGGAAGAGGAGCCCCUAGAGACUGAUGAUUCUGAUGAGUGGAUCGAAGGUUUCAGUCCUGGAGGAGAGAAGCCACACUACUGCUUUGACUGCGGUAAGAACUUUAGAAAAGUGAGGGAUCUUAUAAGACACCAGCGAACACAUACGGGAGAGAAACCUCACCACUGCCCUGUUUGUGACAGAACUUUCGCUAGAUUAGAUAAACUUAAAUUACACCAAGAAAUACAUACAGGAGUGAAGCCUCACCACUGCCCUGAUUGUGAGAAAAGUUUUGCUCGAUUAGAUAAUCUUAAAUUACACCAAAAAAUACAUAUUAAAAUAUGUCACACUAAACCAUCAAACUGAAAUGAAUGUAG